CGCAAGAAUAUAUCCGAUCGUCCGCACAUUUACACAAAUUUAUCAAUCGGUUAGAACGUUAUUGCAAGGGAGCGUCGGGACACAAAGUCAUAUACAGUUGAGUGCAGUUGAACAUAUCGCUUAAGUGCAGCUUGUGAUCGUGCUGAGGCCAAGAUGCAGGCAGAAAUCAAGCCGAGCACUGGUGACGAGCUGUCGAGUUGACCGUCGAAUUUUCGAGUGCAUCGUUCGGAUAAGGCAGACAUCAUGCCCGCCUGCAGCAGCGAAGGCGCCUGUCUCGAGGGUCUCUGGGCCUCGUCGCCCAGCAACAGCAAGAGCAGCAGUCCAGCCGCGAGUGCCGCGGUUCUCCCGCCGACGACGGGUACGACGUCAGCGAGCAGCCCGACGUCCACGACGACGACCACGACAUCGAUUUCGCUCCUCGAGCGCCGACAGAGUCACAUCAACAAGGCAGAACUGUCCAGGUUGAAAGUCGACAGCAGCCCGAUCGGCAACGGCCGGCACGCCCCAAGGUCUCAGCUGGCCGCUCCUCAGGAACGCAGCAGCGCCGCCCGCAGGAUAUUCGGAUAUCUGCUGCUCUGGCCCGCCCUUUGGGUCUCGUUUUGGCUCUGGGUGGGCUGGCUCUGUCUGCAACCAGGCCUGGCGUGUCUGCGCUUGCUACCCUGGCCGGGCGAGCGCUACAACGCGCGACAACAGACAGCAGCCGGUCCGAGGCGAGGCGCUCGGCCCUGCGUCCUCCUCAGCGGCGGCAGCAGCGUCCAGACGGUCAGACUAGCCCGCAGCCUGUCGGAAGCCGGCGCCCGGGUGGUCGUCUACGAGCUCGAGGGCCUCUUCGGCCUGGCCCGCUUCUCUCGCGCCUGCACGCGCUACUACAGCGUGCCCAGGCCCGGGCCUCGCUCGGGAGCCGCCGCCUACGUCCGAGCCCUCCGAGACAUCGUGUCCCGCGAGCGGGUCUCGGCCUUCGUGCCCGUCAACACGGCCAAUCCGGCCUACUACGACGCCCUGGCGCGCAAGCACCUGGAAUCGCUGGGCGUCGACUGCUGGGUGCCCAGGGCCCAGGAGUGUCUGCGCCUCGACGACCCGCUCGAGCUGCUGUCGAGGGCCCGCAAGGCCGGACUGGCCGUGCCGACGUACCGGCUGCUCAGCGGAGGCCUGCAGGAGGCCCAGGCCCUCUCCGAGUCCGGCGAUCUGCGAGGGCCCUACGUGGCUGUGCCGGCGGGCCCGGUGGGUAUGCGCGAGCGAGGCCCCGAGCUGCGUCUGCCGCUCAGCCCGGCCGAGCUGCAGCGCUACUCGGAAUUGCGGAGCCGCUGGCUCGUGCUCCUGGAACCGUGCGGGGCUCGCUUCGUCACCUGCACGACUCUGAGGGACACUCGACUGCUGUCGAACGUCACCUGCCGCCUCGAGGUGGCUCGCAACGGGACGACGACUCUGCUGCCGGAGCCAAGGGCCGACAUCGAUCACUGGCUCGAGCGCUACUUCGAGCUCGGCUGGGCCGACUCGGCCGGCUGCAUCAACGGCCACUUGAGCUUCCGAUUCGGCCUCGGUCCCGGCAACGAGUUGCUGCCGCUGGGCUGUCGCGUGGGCCUCGGACCGGCCUACUUGAGCCAAGAGGCUCGUCACGCUCGGCUGCUCCUGAGGCCUUUGAUCGGCGUCCCGAGGCAGACGUCGCUGCAGCAGCUGCAUCAGCAGCAGCAACCGAGCUGCGGACACGGCAAUCACGCGAGCGACUCGUCGUCCCGGGGACUGGACAAACGCGAGGCUCUCUUCAUCUACUGGGAUCCGCUGCCUUACUGCGUCUACUGCUGGGUGCAGCUGCCGUUUCGCCGACUGGCGGAUGCUCUGGGCGCCCAGAGGGCCCAGCAUCAGCCGCCUCUGGCAGUCGUUCAGUAAUUUUAUUGAGAUAUCGACCGAGUCUCUCUCAAUAUAAAGUGCCUCGAUUAACACUUGUUUGUUUUAUUUAAGUGCGCGAUUAGUGACCUGCGACUUCGGGCAGAUACACUUUCAGUGCGAUGAUGAUUUGUGCGCAUAUUUAAAUCUUCAAUGGCGUACGUUGAACUUUUGAUAAAUCGGCGAACUUUACGCUGCGCCAGUUAAGGCAUUUUUGUACAAAGUUUAUAAUAUUACCCGAAUCUUAGUUUAUUCAUGUCCAUCGAAGACACAAUGCAACUUGUUAGUUACGUACAAUUUUAUACUUUAGUUCAUAAGUGGUUCGUUUUUUUGUCGUUGUUGUAAUCUUCAAAUAUUGAUUGAAAUCGAGCAACGGAACGCAGUGCGUAUUAAGCUAGAAUAUAGCACGUAAUUGAAUUCUCAUUAAGUAAGAGAGAGAGAGAAAGUAAAUUGAGCUGUAUUAUCUCUUUCUCUGUUGCACUCACAAUCCAAUUUGUACAGAUCUCAGACAAGCGAUAAGUGCGAUACGCGUGCAUGAUUAUAAUAUAAGCGCGAGCAGGCGGAAACUAACUGCGCGUUAUUAUUUAGCGCAUCGAUGCAUAUUUUUGGAUUUUUCGUGCAAAUCAUGCAAGUUCGUGGCCUAUGCAACUCGAUUAUUUGUUUUAAUAAUAAACAUUAUGAGUAGGAAUUCGAAUAUAAUGUGAGCUAUAUAGCAGUGAUUGAUUCUCUGCGUGGCAAUUUUAUCUCGACAGCUGCGGUGCUCGCGUUCGUUCGCGGGAUUGAGCGAUAUACAUGUUUAACGUUACAAGACGUUGAAGCAAGAUGAAGAGGCAGUGCACGACAAUAACACGAUGACAGAGCACCAGCUGAUAUUAUUAUAUACCAAGAGAGAGAGAGAGAGAGAAAAAAAACUCGAUUUUCGCAGUUUGGCUGCAUGUGAAUGUGAAUACUCGACUGGCGAUCGAGUGCGCGCGGGCCGUUUAUCAUGCAGCGCGGCCAAAAGCUUUCGUAAGCUCUUUGAGCAGAAAAUAAAAAAAAUUAUUAAAGAAAGAAAGAAGGAAAGAAAGAAAACGCCCGAGCGAGAAAUGACAUUUGUCAUGGAGAAGCCUAAAUUGCCUUUGGCAAAGAGCAAAUGGAGAAAAAAGAUAUCGAGUGAGAGAGAACUAGAUAGGGCUUCGUCGAUGCGGCAGCCGCUCGCUCGCGCGCCAGCUCUACGUCUAAUGCAAUCUUAUCAUGCGAUAAUAUUGAAAUGCGGUUCUCUGGUUCCUUGACAACCGAAGCAAGCCCGCGCGCGCCCGAACGAGCUGGACUGCGCCGCGGGAAUAUUCGCUCUCGCGCCAUAAAACAUAUACUUACCUAUAUAUUUACGCGCACCCUCGGAUCGGAGCAUUCCCAUAGACUUGGUGUGCGUACGAGAGUCCUUGUUGCGUUGAGCGGUGCCAUAUCGACAUGCGUGAGCGCCUGCAUGUAUCAUUGUUACGUACGAAAUCGACGCAUAUUUUUCUUCAUGCGCUUCGACUCAAAUAAAACGCUUGUAUUUUGUAUGUCUCGUUGAGCGAGCGAUGAUUUCAUUUGCCUGUCUUAUACUUGUCUCUGCGGAAAAGCAGCUUCAACGAAUCAUCGACCCUCAACCUCUCAGCUGAGAAAAAUCCUUGUGUACGUGUUACGAUACAAAGCCACUUUGUAUUUGUGCAUAUUUUUCAUCGAACGUUAUGCAAUGUAGCGCGUAUAUAUAGAUAUAACGACUAGCCCAUGCGCGACUGGUGCACGCGAAAGCUCGGCGCGAGCGGCAAAACUUAUUUCGACCGACACGGAAGCUCCGAGCUUUUAUGGUUUAUGUGUAAUAUCUCAUGGCUUUGCGCAUCGCCUAUGCUGUGCUGCGUUGUGUGUGAGUGUGUGUGCAGAUCGUAUAUAUGCCAGCGCACCGACGACUAUUUAUAUACUUUUGUUCUCUUUUCUACGCCCCGAUCAAAGGGCUAGGAAUUAUUUCUAGAAAUUUUAAUUAAAUUUUAAAUAAAGACCAUUUUUUGCAACCA